ACGCGCUUGGUUGCUGGCGGCUCACACCCCAGCCUCUCAGCCCCUCCCCUGUGGAGCACUGAGAGCCCUCAACCCAAAGAGGCUCGUUGCUCGUUGCUCGUUUGAGAAGUCGAAAGGUUUACCCAGGAGACGGAAAAGUCGGAAAAAGAUACGAGAAAUGCCUGCAAAGAAAAAACUUGAAGGCAAAGCUAAAGCCGGGAGUAUACCGGGGGAUACAGGAUCUGUGGCAACCGCGACUAUGGUUCGGCGCCAAAUGCCGCCGCGCGCCUGCAAGAGCAAGAGCCAGAGCGCCGCCAGGCCCAGUCUUAGUCCCAGCCGCCUGGCCAAGAAGCCCAGCCUGACGCCGACCACCGGUUCUCAGGCGCCAUCGCAGACCAUCGCAAAGUCGAGGCCCACCGGUCUCGAGACGAUUUUUGAACGGCCCGGCAAUGAGGACGACGGGCCCACCAGCAGCCAUGCCGUGGCAUUCGGCGAGUGCCAGCGCCGCGUCCUCGCCCUGGGUACGGGCGAAAAAAAAAGAACCCUGUCGCAGAAGAGCUGCCUGAAGGUCCGCAACACCUUGGGCGAACGCAGCACCCGGCACAUGAUGACACUGCGGGCGUCCCGCACUACUUUGGACAGCGUAAUGCUCGGGGGCUCGGACGAUGAAGGCGAGUCGGUCGGAGUCGCUCCCGCAGUCGCUCCCGUAGCUGCUCCCGAAGUCGUUCCCGCUGGAGGAAAUGCCGGUACAAAUCAGCCGGCACCAUUCGUGCUGCGCACCAGCAGGAGGCUCAAGAGUCUGCCUCCGUUUUAG